AUGUCUUACAAGCUAUUUAUUCUCGCAACUGUACUCUUGCUGCAUGUAUGCAUUGCUACUGCUUGUUUUGAAUCGCUUUUCGGUUGUGUGCGUUCACAGGAUAAUAAUGAGAACGAAAAACCAAAGAAGAAAAAGCAAUAUGAACAAGAUCUUUGUAGGGCAAAAUGGACGUGCUCAGGAGUAUGCCGACCACAUUGUGGAACAGUCCUUUAUCAGGUGUGCCUCGACAACUGUAUAGAAGCCAUGAUGACAAAACCUUCAAAGCAAUGA